AUGAAGUCUAGUAUUAAUAGCUUUUUCAUGAACUGCAACAGUUGCAUAUCUUACUUUCUGACUAUUGCAGGUGCCUUUGCUUGCAAGAUGGUACCAUUUGUUCAAUCCACUGCUAUUGUAACCGAGAUUCUUACCAUGACCUGCAUUGCUGUGGAAAGACACCAGGGAAUUGUGCAUCCACUAAAAAUGAAAUGGCAGUACACCAAUAAAAGAGCUUUCACAAUGCUUGGCAUGGUCUGGUUGCUGGCAGUUAUUGUUGGGUCACCUAUGUGGCAUGUGCAGCGGCUUGAGGUUAAAUAUGAUUUUCUGUAUGAAAAAGUGUAUGUUUGUUGCUUGGAAGAAUGGGCCAGUCCGAUUUAUGAGAAGAUAUAUGCGACCUUUAUUCUUGUUAUACUCUUCCUUCUUCCACUGAUGUUGAUGCUUUUUUUGUACACUAAAAUUGGCUAUGAACUCUGGAUUAAGAAACGAGUGGGAGACGCUUCAGUUCUUCAAACCAUUCAUGGGAGUGAAAUGUCUAAAAUAUCAAGGAAGAAGAAGCGAGCAAUUGUUAUGAUGGUGACAGUGGUGUUUCUCUUUGCAGUCUGUUGGGCCCCUUUCCAUGUGAUUCACAUGAUGAUAGAAUACAGUAAUUUUGAAAAGGAGUAUGAUGAUGUGACGGUCAAAAUGAUCUUCGCAAUCGUCCAGAUUAUAGGAUUCUUCAAUUCUAUUUGCAACCCUAUUGUGUAUGCUUUCAUGAAUGAAAACUUCAAGAAAAACUUUUUGUCUGCGCUCUGCUUCUGCGUUGUCAAAGAAAACGCAUCACCGACCAGGCAGCUUGGGAACUCAGGGAUUUCCAUGAGGCAGCAAAAGGCAAAUGUUUCUCAAAGAGAUCCCACUGACUCGGACGAAGCCAGGAGGGAGGCAUUCAGCGAUGGCAACAUUGAAGUCAAGUUCUGUGAUCAGCCAGCUUCAAAAAGGCAUUUGAAAAGGCACCUCGCCUUAUUCAGCUCUGAGCUUACUGUGCAUUCUGCAUGGGGAAAUGGACAGUAGCAUCACAAAGGUUUUGAGAAUGGAAGAAGCAUUCUCUUUACAUGGUAACUUUGAAUAAGCCAUUUAAAGUAGUUUUCUCCUUUGCAUGCUGAAGUGAGGGGAAGAAUAUUUUGUGGAUUAUUAUCAUGUUGAGAUAAUUGUUCAUAAAAUGUACUAUAUUUUAUAAGGAUGAGGAAUAAAACUUUGGGAAA